CUCUCCAGCGCCAACUUCUCUCUCUCUUUCUCCCAGCUGAAGCAGCAAGUGGCCGUCGAUGGCGGCCGCCGCCGCCGCCGUCUCCCGCUCCCUCGCCGCCGCCGCCGCCUCCGCUCUCUCUCUCCACAGGCGCCUCUCGCAUUUCUCCCGCCUAACGAGCUCGCCCCACACCCAUCUCCGCCCUUCCGCCGCCGUCACCGGAACGGCCGCGUCCGUACCUUUCGCCGCCGCCACCCUGCGCCCGAGCCCGGCUCCCUCACGGCCGUUCGCCAGCGGCUCCGGCGAUGCCCACGGGCCCCGCGCCCCCAGAAACCCCAAAUUAGUCAACUUCUCGUUCUCCGACUCCGAAGACGGAGAGGCCGACGGCGGCGGCGGCGGCGGCGCCACUUCGACAGCGGCGGAGGAGGCGAGGCUCCCGCCGCCCUACGACCCGUUCAGCAAGAAGCCGGCGGUGGAAGAGCCCGAGGAUCCCAAGAACUUGCAGGAGAUCUUCCACAAGAUGAGGAGCGAGGGGCUCAACGACUAUGCGGUCAAGAUGUUCGACGCUUUGUCCAAGGACGGUCGCACCCACGAGGCCCUCGAGCUCUUCGGCCAGAUCAAGGACAAGGGCCACAUGCCCGACGUGGUCGCCCACACCGCCGUCAUCGAGGCAUACUGCAAUGCAGGUGGACAGAGCAAAGAGGCGCUCAAGGUGUUCAUGCGGAUGCUGGCUUCUGGGGUCGCGCCCAACGCGUACACCUACGCGGUCCUCGUGAAGGGACUCGCGGGCGACGGGAGGUUGGCAGACGCGAAGAAGUACGUCAUGGAGAUGAUGAGCAAAGGGAUGAUGCCCGCCGCCGCGACCUACGCCGCGGUGUUCGAGGCAUUCGCGAAGGACCAGAAAGAGGAAGAAGCGAGGGAGUUUCUGGAGGCGAUGAAGGGUAAAGGGUUUGUGCCUGAUGAGAAGGGUGUUAGAGAAGUGAUUGGUAGCAAAAGAGGUCCUGUCUUCAGGAGUGUCAUGAGCAUUCUCUUUGGGAAGUAGGGACUGUGCUUGUGUGCUGAUGAGAAUGAAAAAGAAUUUUUGACUUUCUGAGUUUUGGGUGGUGAUUCUUGGCAAUGUUGGCAUGUCACUCCUGUAAUGUAUCUUUGUCAUUGAUGGAUGAAGAAGAAGCACCCCAUUGAAGGCUAACAA